CAUACGUAUAUAUACUCCACAACUUCUGCCAUCUCUCCCUUUUUCUUUUUCUUUUCUCUUUCUUUUUCUCAUCAUCUCAUCCUCAUCUCAUCUCUGCUUCACCCUCACCAACCUUACUUACUUACCCCACUAAUCACAUCAAAAAUGGAAGACGAAGUUGCUGCCUUGGUUAUUGAUAACGGUUCCGGCAUGUGCAAGGCCGGUUUCGCCGGUGAUGAUGCCCCCCGUGCUGUCUUCCCCUCUAUCGUUGGUCGUCCCCGUCAUCAGGGCGUCAUGGUCGGUAUGGGUCAGAAGGAUUCCUAUGUCGGAGACGAGGCCCAGUCCAAGCGUGGUAUCCUCACCUUGAAGUACCCUAUCGAGCACGGUAUUGUCACCAACUGGGACGACAUGGAGAAGAUCUGGCAUCACACCUUCUACAACGAGCUCCGCGUUGCCCCUGAGGAGCACCCCGUCCUCUUGACCGAGGCUCCCCUCAACCCCAAGUCCAACCGCGAGAAGAUGACCCAGAUCAUGUUCGAGACCUUCAACGCCCCCGCCUUCUACGUCUCCAUCCAGGCCGUCUUGUCCCUCUAUGCCUCCGGUCGUACCACCGGUAUCGUCCUCGACUCUGGUGAUGGUGUCACUCACACCGUCCCCAUCUAUGAGGGUUACGCUCUUCCCCACGCCAUUCUCCGUCUCGACCUCGCUGGUCGUGACUUGACCGACUACCUCAUGAAGAUCCUCAUGGAGCGUGGUUACUCUUUCUCGACCUCUGCCGAGCGUGAAAUCGUUCGUGACAUCAAGGAGAAGCUCUGCUACGUCGCCCUCGACUUUGAGCAGGAGAUGCAGACCGCUGUCUCGUCCUCUGCCCUCGAGAAGUCAUACGAGUUGCCCGACGGUCAGGUCAUUACCAUCGGUAACGAGCGCUUCCGUGCCCCCGAGGCCCUCUUCCAGCCCUCGUUCAUUGGUCUUGAAAGCGUCGGUAUCCACGAGACCACCUUCAACUCGAUCAUGAAGGGAGAUGUUGAUAUUCGUCGUGACUUGUACGGAAACAUUGUCAUGUCCGGAGGCACGACCAUGUACCCCGGUAUUGCCGACCGUAUGCAGAAGGAGAUCACCGCCCUUGCCCCCAGCUCGAUGAAGAUCAAGAUUGUUGCUCCCCCAGAACGCAAGUACUCUGUCUGGAUCGGAGGUUCCAUUCUCGCCUCCCUCUCGACCUUCCAGCAGAUGUGGAUCUCGAAGAUGGAGUACGACGAGUCCGGUCCCUCGAUCGUCCACCGCAAGUGCUUCUAAGCGCGCGAUGGAUGCUGGAGAGAGUUGUACGAUGGUGGAGAAAGCGUUCAAGAGACGACGCAGAAUGUAAACUGAAACUUGGAAGCCGCUUAUACUAGGAUAUGCGCUGCCUUUAAUUGUGCUAAUACAAACAUACCAAACACACCAAAACACACAUGUACAUGCGCCGCUCGCGUUUGAUGCUCCC